AUGGCAGCCUCGGAGCAGGGGACGGUUGCGCUCUCCAAUGACGUGCGUCUCUUGCUCGAAGAUGUGAGCCGCGAGCACUGCCGCAUCGAAUUUGAUGGAGAGGCCAAGCCAAAUGCGCUCGAGAACCUGGUUGCUUUGGCUCAUGGCGACAAGCUUCAGAUCUCCAAGCAUACGCUUAGUUUUUCGUACACGGAGAGCGAGAAAGUGAAGCAUGCCGAUGAGGCUCCGAUUAAGGAGGCUCAGGCUCACGAGGCUCCGGCUAGCGAGGAUCAGGUUCAUGAAGCUCCGGCCAGUGAGGCUCAGGUCGACAAGAUCCAGCCCAGCGAAGCCAAAGACAGCGAGGUACAGCCUAGCGAGGUACAGGCCAGCCCAGUCCAGGCCGAUGUGCCCAAAAAGGUGCCUACGCCGAAAUCGACGCCGAGGAGGCGACGUGCUGCUGCACAAGAAUCGCCUAUCACGCCCCGCCGCCAGAGUGCUCGUCUGAAGGCCAAGUACAGCUCCCCAUGCUUGAGGGAUCAUGUGCCGACGCCUAGCAAAGCGGAGAAGAACGAGUCGCCCAUUGCCGUGGCACAAGAGGAAGUGCCUGCGGCCCCUCAGGCCGAGUCGCAGCGCGAAACCGAAGCCCUGUCUCAAGCCAAAGAGGCACCCACCGAGAUGUCUACCGAGGCAACGGCUGAGAAGCCCGAUAAACCGGCGCAAGCGACCCCUGCCGAGACGCCGCUCCCUGCUGAGACCCCGACGGAGCCCGAGUCCAAGCAGUUGGAUGUUCCUUCGCCUCUUGAGCGCAGUACUCAGGAGACGAAUACGGUGGAGCAGCCGGCUCCCCAGCCCCAAGAGCCCGUGCAGGAAGCCACCUCGGCGCAAGAGGAGGCUGAUUCCGAGGAUGCGGAUGCGCUGGAAGAGGCGGCUAUUGAUGACGAGCUCUUCGCCCCGACUACGCCUCAGCGCGCCUCCCCUAUGCGUGCUCCGAUGACCCUGCCGCGUAAUAUGCCCCGUACGCCUCCGCUGCAGUGGACGCCGUCCAAGUCGCGCAAGAUUAGUCUGCGUACAGCAACGCUGCUGAAGCGCAGUGCUCAGUACCCUCUGUUGCCCAUGUCGGAGCGCCGCCCGACACGCGACGAGGUGCCUAGCUUCAACAGGUCGCCAUCGCGUGCACCUCGAACUUCGACCGGCUCGCGCGACAUGGACUUGACGUCGGACUAUAUGCGUACCGUAACGUCCGACCCCGAAUUUUCUUCGGACGAGGACGAGGACGAGGAUGACUCGGACGAGAUCGAAAAGAGUCUCGAGCUGUCCCACUCGGAAGAAAACCCAAGCCCGGCCAAGACUCCGGAACGCAAGGAGCGUGCGCCUGUCCUUUCCCAGUUCCUUACACCGCAGCAGCCUAAGGAACGUGCGCUGGCUUCGCGGCGUUUGUCGAACCCUGUGGAUGCCAAUACGCCCAGGCUCAAGAACCGCUCUUCGUGGCAGUGGCUGCGCGGUCUCUUUUCCCCGAAAGGGCAGCAGGAUGGAGCAUCGCCCAAUGAUCAAAAGGAGCCAUCGAGUGACCAAAAAGAAGAGCCCCUUACACCGGAGGCUCGUCGCGAGGUCGAGGAAGAAGAAAAGGAAGAGGAUGCUGUGCACGACGAGUUUUACGAUUCCGAGGACCCGGAUCAGGAGCCGCAAGCCGAGUCCUACGAGCCGAUGGACGUGGAGCCAGUCGACUUCCACCAGCACGUUCCCGAUGUGUCGCUGACCAACACCUCGUGGAUGUACAAUGUGCCCAAUUCGCCUGCGCCGAUUCAAGAGCCGCAGCAGGUAGCAAGCACCCCCGACAUGCAUGUCUUGAAGCACAUGUUCGCUGAACAGCCUUGUAUUGCUUCCGAGUCGGCCAUGUCCGAUUUCCGGCACAUGGUGCGCGCCUCUCCGGCGCAGGAAGACAUGAGCUUGGCAAGCGCCUGGAAUGCAAUGACGGCCCAUGAAGAGGAGUCCGAGCGUGAGCAGCCGAUGCACGACGCCGUCGAAGAGCUCCCUGCCUUGGUCAAAUCGACGGCCGAAAACGCCAUGCAGACGCAAUGGAAGACGAAGGAGAUGAUGCCCAGCACGUCCCACGAUGUGCCUACAGAGUCGCAUCUGGAAGCGGCAGCUUCUCAUGCCGUUGCCCCUGAAGAAAGCACGCCCACAGCUCCGGCACCGGCGAGCGAAUCAGUGGUGCAGACAAGCGAGGUACCUGCCGAAACGGCUAAACCGGCAGUUCCCUUGCGUGAGAUCUCGGUUCCGCAGACUCGGCCGGCGCCUCAGCCCGCUAUGCGUGCUAGUCCGAAGCGUGCCUCGGCGCGUGAAGCUACCUCGCGCCUGGGCUCUGCCCCGCCCCGCCCUAUGCCAGGAAACACCCAAGACCCCCGCGCAGCACGUAUGACGACACGUACGGUUGCGCAAAAGAAGGAGCCGUACGUCCCUGUCCGCCGCCAGCUUCCUGCUCGCGCUGCAGUCCCGAGCCUGGGUUCCAUGGCAACAACCGCGACGCGCGCAGCACGUGUGCCUGGAUCGACGAGUACGGAGCGUACCAAGGGUCCUGCGACCCCCGAGACCACUGGCGCGAACGCUAUGGGAUUACCGGCACGGAAUCAGUCGAUCAUUGCUCGCGGCUCGUCUAUUCCUACUGCGCCGGCCCAGCGGCGUCCCGCCUCGAAUGCCAACGCUGCUCAAGACACUGCGUCGGAGCGCCCAGCCUCGCGUAUUUCCGGUCCACGCACUGCCCGCCCCACAAGGAGCGCUCGUCGCCUAUAA